AUGGCGGCCGAGGCUGCCGCCGCACCAGCUCGCGAUUCAGGCUUAGAUGUUUCGCUGCAGGGUCUUCACAUUUCGGAAGUAGAGCAUGCGCCGACCCUCGAAGAGCAAGCCAUAACACAAUCUAACCCAUGGGAGGACGAUGGGGCCGAUCGUCCCAACGAUCACGCGGUUGCAACUUCAACACCUUUUGGCCUACGAGAGCCGGCCGCGGGGAUCUCAGCUGAGCACGCAUUCAAAGACGAGGAGAGCAAGCCGCGCGUGUCAGAAGAAGUGCUCACCCAGUUCGACCCGCUCGCCGCCUCGCACGAGGAGAAAGCCGCGCGCGAGGCCUGGGCGCACGCCGAGUCGCGCCCGUCCCCUCCCGCGCCCGCGCCCAUCCCGGUGCCGUCGCCCGAGCCAGAGUCGCCCAAGCCUGCUUCGGGGUCGAACACGCCCGAGUCCCCGUCGUCCCCCUUUUCGCCCGCCUUCCCCUCACUCGCUGCCCUCGCGCGCACCUUCGCGCUCCCGCUCCCCCGCACGCGUCCGCGUUCACUCGAUACGGCCGUCUCAGUUCCUUCUCCUUCUACCCUUUCGUCUUUUGCAUCACAACAGCAGAAGCGCCCUCUCCCGGCCACGGAGGAGCGCGGGGAUGAGAGCGCCUCGUCCUCCGGCUCAGAAGCUCCGAGAUCUGGUAGGGGGGAGGAACGCGAUAAGGAGAAGGAGAAAGACCCGCCGUUUGAUUUCCAGAAGUUCCUGGACCAGAUGAAGAUGAAGGGCGCGGAGCCGGUGGCGAAGUACCUGCGCUCAUUUCUGAGUAAUUUCGCGAAGCGCACCUUUACCGUGAACGACCAAGUGAAGAUCAUCCAGGACUUUCUCGGUUUCAUCUCCGGCCGCAUGCGCGAGUGCGAGGUCUGGCGGAACGUCUCGGACGCCGAGUUCGACAACGCGAUGGAGGGCAUGGAGAAGCUCGUCAUGAACCGUCUCUACGUUUUUACCUUCACGCCGGCUGUCGCACGCGCGGUCCCGCCCCGGCCCGUCACGACCGACGACCUCGAGCGCGACCGUGUGCUUGCGCAGCGCAUCGCGCUGUUCGGGUGGAUCGAGGAGAAGCACCUGGACGUGCCCGAAGGGGAGGGGAGUAAAGGCUUCCUUAUGUUUGCGCAGCAAGAAUUGCUGAAGAUCAACCACUACAAGGCCCCGCGCGACAAGCUGAUAUGUAUCCUGAACUGCUGCAAGGUCAUCUUCGGUCUCCUCCGCCACCUGCACAUGGAGGAGAGCGCGGACUCAUUCUUGCCUAUCCUAAUCUACGUCGUCCUCAAGGCCAACCCCGAGCAUCUACUCUCUAAUGUCGAGUUCAUUAACCGCUUUCGAAACCCCGCGAAACUGCAGAGCGAGGCGGGGUAUUAUCUCUCCAGCCUUAUGGGUGCGGUCUCGUUUAUCGAGACAAUGGACCAUACGUCACUGUCGAAUAUCACGCAGGAGGAGUUUGAGCGCAAUGUGGAAGAAGCGAUCCAAGCCCUCCCGCACACACCUGAUCCCUCCGAACCCACCACGCCGCGCGACAGCAACGAGAAAGGGCAUCCCGGCCCUCCACUUUCCCCGCACCUGGGCGAGGAAGCCGCGCAGCCGCUGUCACUACCUGGUCCGGGGACGACGCUCAGCGAAGAUGCGAAGAGACUAUUGCAGAAGACGGGCGACGCGGUGUCGAAGCCGCUGAACGCGAUCAGCCGGAUAUUCAACGAGGCGCUGGACAGCGCAGACGGGAAGCUGAGCUACCUCCCGGGGCCGUUCGCGCCCCUCGAGCUCGGGCGCGAGCGGCAGCAGCACCUCGACUGGGGGUCGCAGGGCUCCGCGCAGGAGUAUACGCCGCCGCACACGCCCGCGGGGCAGGGGGCCGGGAAUGCGCAGACGCUGCAGACGCCGUACAAGCCGAGGGUGCGCCGUGUGCCGUCGCCGCUGUCUUCGCAGUCGAUGAGCUCGCCAGGGUUCGCGGAGCACACGCCGACAAGGAAUGCGCCGUGGACGCACCAGCCGCUCGCCAUGGGUCCAUCGCAGUCGCUCCCCGCCGUCUACCAGCACCCCCAACCGAGCCCGCGCAUGCAGGCGCUGGCGCAGUCCGAGUCGGAGGGCGCGCACGUGUCGCGCACGCCGACGCCGAACCUCGACCUGGCCGGGAUACAGGCGGAGAUCGACCAGGCGCACGAGCGCGCGGCGACGGCGGCGCGGGAGACGCUCGUGCAGAUCUUCCCCAGCACGGAUAGGGAGAUUAUCGAUUGGGUGCUGGAGGCGAACCAGGGCGAUCUGGGGAAGAGCAUUGAGGCGCUGUUGGAGAUGAGCAGUGGGACGUAGAUAGAGGUGGACCGAGUCUAUUGAUAUGCGUCUUCUCGUGCGCUCCGAGCUCCCGGGUUUGUGGGCUCUCGUAUUGGAUGCGGACCCGCAUGUUGGGUCUUGCGAUAGGCAAGGUUGGCUGGGCGUGGACCAGUGGCUUGAAAUAAGCUUCUGCUUGAAAUGCAUCCGGUCGAGGAUGAGAUCUUGGGCAUAGCUAGAGCACUUCAGUCAGUUACAUAGCUCCCUUAUGUUCUGCAGACAAUUGAGAGCAGGCGGUCUCGCGUGCCUGGUG